CUUUCAAUGGAGUUUCUGAUCCACUCAAGCAAUAUUUCCCUGUGUAAUCAGGACACAAAUGCAUUUUGCAAGGUGGCCCGUGCUAUUUCCCCCGCAUAAACCGAACAUCCACCAUGUUCCUUCAUCAAUUUUAUCUAUUAUCUGGCACAUCUCAGAACUAAUCGCUUUUAGUGCUCAACAUCAACAGACAAUAAAGGAAUAGAGUGAAAAGUUGACUGGAAUAUGGAUUUUAUUUACGAUUACAGUGAUUCCACUGCCAAUGACGUCCACAAGAGCUCUGGUAUUCCUCUACCUGCUGCCCCAUUGACUUUACCCCUAAAUCUCCCUGAAGAAAUUACAAAGAAAUUGCCUGGGCUAUCAAUUCUAUCAAAUUUGCAAAAGAACUAUGCCAAAAGUACUGAAAAUAUCAAUGAUUCAACCGACAAUUUGAAUUUGCUGAAGGAAAACGACUUGGCUGAAAAAUACGCCAGAUUGUCGCUAGAGUUGUUGGCAAGUGGUAAGAAUAGAGGUGUUUCAAGUGCCAAUAUCAGCAGCAACAUUCUUUCUACAAAGCUAUCCAAAAUCUUGUCUUCGUCGUUAACAACAUCUUACAAUACACCACUUGAUUUGAAAAUUAAGAAAUCGUUGAAAAUUCUUGAAGCCAAUAACUAUUUUAAUGUGUGCUCUGAUGAUGAAUAUAAUAGUUACAAUACUCUAGUUCAGCCCGGUUUCCUUGGGUCAAUUACAAGAAAAAAUUUACAAAGUAAAGUUGAAAACGAACUUUUGAAACAACACUCCAAAAUUCUUGUGAAAUUUCAACCAUUGAUAGAUGUUUUAGAACACUUGAAGAGCAAUAUUGAAAACUUGAAUGUUCAAAAAGAUAAUUUGGUUAACGACUUGAAUAAUUUGACAAAGUUCAAUGAAGAAAAUCUAUCAAAUGACAAAUUUAAUAUCAACCAGAUAAAAGCACUACAACAUGAAAAAAACUUGAUAUUAAUAAAAAAACACAUAUUGAUGUCAUUUAAAAAUGAAUUUCAAAUCAAUGAAUAUGAAGAAUACGUUAUAAAGAAUACCAAUUUGACUAAUAGUGAUAAUGAUGAUGAAACCCUAAAGGAGUUUUUUAAAGUCUAUAACAAGAUCAAAAAAAUCUACCAGAAUUGUUAUUUGCUAUUAUCAAUGAAUAAUCCUACCAUAGGUAUAAAUAUUAUGAACAAAAUGAAAGGUUUGAUUGAUAAUGCAUUGAAUAAGAUAUUUUAUUUUGUUGAAUAUAACUUGAAUAAUUUUCAAAAUAUUAACAAAAGAAAUUUCAAAAUCUUAAAAGAAUCAAUUAAAAUUGUCUUGAAUUCCUCGUUUUUGAUGGCUAAUAGAGUUGAAGAUAUUGACAAAGAUUCUGCAGAAGAAUCUUUUUCUGUUUCAAAAUUUGUCGAAAAUAACGUAUAUGUUAACAAUCUUAUCAAUAAAAUUAUUGAAGUUAGAGCAAAACAAAAUUUAAAAGAUUUUCUUGAUCAAUUGGGCACCUCAUUGCUCCGAGAUGAUAAUCAAAGCAUGAUAUCUGUCAAAUCAAAAGACUCCGCAAGACCAAUAUUAAUGUCUGCUCAUGAUCCAAUUAGGUACAUUGGUGACAUCUUGGCAUAUAUCCACUCUUUGAUUGUAAAUGAAAAAGAAAUUAUAGAUACCUUGCUUGAUAAUAAUGAAGAUUUUUUUGAUUUUAGAAAUGGUGAAGAUUUAAAAGAAUAUUUAUUGAUCAAGACUUUGAAUGUUCUUGCAAAACCAUUAAAUUUGCGUGUUAGUAGAUUUAUUAUGGUGGAAAACAAAUUGAAUACAAUUCAAAACAUUUUCAACGUUCUUGAUCUGUAUGAUUUAAUGUUUUUGAAGCAAUUUGAUGUUGAGUUGAUGAAAAGAGCCCAAUUGAAAAAUGAGCUAUUAAUCAGUAUCAAAACUUUGGAAAAGUUUCUUCAUAAAAGAGCAUUUGCGAUUCUUGAAGAUUCAUUAAACGAAAUUUCCUCGUUAAUAGAACAAAAUAUUGAAAGCCAUGAUUUACAGUCUCCAGAAUGGCUAAUUAAUUAUGUCAACGAUAUUCAAAAAGUGUUUUAUUCAUUUCAUCCAAGUUCUAAUUCGGAAUUGAACAAUUUUCUAUUCUUAUCAGAUCAACAGAUGGACGAUUUCUUAAAGCUUGUUAUUGACAGACCAUUAUCUUUAGUGUAUAAGCAAGCAGAUCUCAGUAGCUUUGAUGAAGAAGCCGAAAAGUCCAAAAAGAUUUUUGAAAUUAAUAGUAUUGAUUUUAUUUUGUCUAAAAUUUUAACCAUAUCAUUCAUUAAGAAUGAAAAAAUCAAUGAACUUAAUAUUAAAUUGGACAGUGAGACCCAAUUUUUAAUUUAUGUUCAGUUUGAUAUUCUAAUAGAAUCUUGUGGAUUGAGCUUAGUUUUCAAAAUGCUUAAUAGUAUUUACCCCUAUGAUAAGCUUAUUGAAGAGUAUGCAAUAACUAUAGCACAUAAUCCUGAAGAAUUUUUAAAAAUAAUGGACAAGUAUAUAUCACUAAAAAGCAAACCAGAGUUUUCUAUUGAAUCUAUAAACACAAUCAAUAAAAAAAUAGAGCUUUUUUUGCCCUCUGCUCUUACAGAUACACAGUCUUCAGCUCUAAUCAAUGUUUCUUCACCUAUGAUUUCUAAUCAGAUAAUCGAAGAAUCGUCGCUAAAAUUCGUUGACUUUUACAAAAUUUUCUUUAUACUUGUUGUUAGAUUCUAUGACAAUACACUGUUGCUUAAGUGGAAUGAAAUUGAGGUUGCCACAUUAUUAGGAGUCGAUGAACUUUACAUUAAAAAGCUACAAAUGGAACAAAGUCUUAAUUGA